AUGCGCCAGUUAACAGGUUUCUUGUUUGUUUCCCUUGUCCUCAACUUGAAGGCCGUUCAUCUUAAAGUUCUUUCUGAAUCGUCAAGCAAUCCCUUCUCUAAACUUCUGCUAAGGUAUAAUAGGCUUAACUCUUGAUCUGUGAAUUUAUCUUUGCAGUUAAUUCAGACUAAAAACAAUCAGGGAAAACGUGAAAAUGGCGUGCAACAACUAUGAAGAAAAGUUUGAUGUUUCUAAUGCACCUUCAAAACAGAAAGUGGCAGAAACAAAUGGUAGUCAUCCUCUUCCCGACGGAGGUUGGGGAUGGGUCGUCUGUCUGGGUGUGUUUAUGGUGAACUUCCUGACUGUUGGACAACAAAACUGCGCGGGAGUGGUUUAUGAUGCUUUGAUGGAAAAAUAUUCUACAUCAAGAGGAGAGACAGGUAAAAGAUAUACCAUUCAAAAUUUUCCAGAGAUGAAGAUGAGUCGAUUACGUUAGGAUACUGUGUUACAACCCAACUUUCCCCUUAGAUUUCCGAAACCACCCACAAGAAUUCUCUAUCCCGAAUCACACUGCACGCAUCCCAAGGGCGAAAAUCUAACUGGCGCGCUCCUAUAUAAGAUGGCUGGCGGAACUCAAUCGUUGAUUAUUUCACACCAAACAGUCAAAAGAGUAACUUUGUCUCCCUUCAUAGCUUGGGUUGCCUCGCUGGCGUCCAGUAUGAUGUAUCUGUUCUCUGCUGUGGGCACCUCUCUCGCAGAACGUUUCGGAAGCCGAUUGGUUGUCAUCAUUGGAUCUUUUGUGUCUGCCGUAGGCCUCCUGGCCAGUUCCUUCGCAACAACACUUGCACCGCUUUAUGCAACCUAUGGAGUUGUCUGGGGUUUGGGGGCAAGUCUCGGCUUAUUCCCCUCGCUGGUAAUGCUAACGAAGUAUUUUCAAAGGCGCUUGGCUCUUGUUUCGGGAAUAGCUUUGGCAGGAGCUGCAUCUGGGACUCUUGUAUAUGGCCCAAUAAUUGAGAAGCUGUCUUCCAAAUUUGGCGUCUCGACUACCUUUCGGAUUCUUGCGGGUCUUCAGAGUUUGAUGCUUCUGAGCGCCUUGACGUUUUCCCCUGUCUCCUCGGCAACAAGGAGAAAUCAACAACCACAAAACAGAGAAUUCUACUUGAGUUUUUUCAGGAGCAAAGCAUAUAUUAUAUGGGUUGUGGCGCAAUGCAUCUUUAUGGUGGUGUUUCUUGUGCCUUUCGUCCAUUUGGUAAGAUCUUUUUAAUUUAAAUAUACAUAAAUCUAGUGUCACGGUUGAAACGCCCUUCAUGACCGCAGUAAAGUUGUAAGGCGAGGGAGAUCGUGAAGCAAGCAGAGCUACUAGUGAUCAAUGAAUAUUGUUUUUACGAGUCAAAGACGAAGCUUCUUGCUUUCCUGACUUUCUUAACAAAGAGGGGUAUUAAAAAUUGUCAACUAGCAUUAGUCUCUUUGUUCUGCUCCCCGUGCAAGUUGUUGGCCACACAACUUUCUAGCAUUCUGUGCCAGGUAACAGUGACUAUUUGCGUUGUAGGGAUAUGGCCUCACUCGCUAACCACUUCUCUGAUUGGUUUUUAGGUUCGCUUCGCAGAAGAUAAAGGAGUCACCAAAUCUAGCGCAUCAUUCCUGACGGGUUACUUAGCAAUCGGAGGUUUGCUGGGAAGUCUGGCGCUUGGUGCGCUAUGUGAUUACCCUCAGUUCAACCGCGUUAAAGUUUGUCCAGCCACCUUACUAUGCAUAGCUAUUUCUACGUCUGCUGUAACAAUGGCAACGAAAUACGAGUGGAUAGCCGUGUACGCGUUCACGUUUGGUGUGUGCGACGGUUGUUACGAGAUGUUACUGCCUGUUAUAACGCGUGACAUUGUUGGUGUGAAAAACGUUGGGCAUGCCAUAGGUGCUUUAUAUUGUUUAAUGGCGUUUCCCAAAACAUUAGGCCCACCCAUGGUUGGAUGGAUUUUUGACGCCUCAAAAAGUUACAAUGUAUCUUUUUACGUCACAGGCGGCGUGGCGUUGAUUGCUGCGAUUGUUAUGUAUACCGUAAACUGGGUCAAGUUCAAUGACGUGAAUGAAGAGAGGAUAAUAAGAGAAAGGUUAUUACCCUAUAACGAGACUUCAGGAUCAAAUCGGAGCAUACAGUACACCUGA